AUGGCUGGAGGUAGUGGAGGAGGCCCCUCGGCCUUCCCCAAGCUGUUUGCUCAGCGCACCCGCAUGAACCAUGAGGCCAUGACCUACUAUGCCACUGCUUUGGCCGCUAUCAUGGGCGUCUUCAUCGUCUUCCACUUGACCCGCCUGAUUGCUCAGAAGACUGGCCUUGCUUCGAGGCUCUCCUUCGCUGCAAAGCCUUUCGUUUUUGUAUCCCGCAUCAUUCGUAGAGUUUCUGUCCGCAAGGUUCCCUUCCUACCCUCCACUGGCCAUGCCGUCAUUACAACAAUCUACGUUGUGGCCAACAUCGUCCUCUGUUUGACGUACAUCGACACCUCGACCCUGUCCUAUCUCUCAGUCGUCGGAGCUCGUGCCGGAUGGCUCUCGAUCGUUAACAUCGCCUUUUUGGUCUUCCUGUCUCUCAAGAACACCCCUCUCGGCUACUUGACUGCUUGGUCUUACGAGCGUCUCAAUGUACUCCACCAGAUUGCUGGCUAUGUCACCAUGGCCCUGAUCAUUGUACACGGUGUAACUUACUCGUCGUACUUCAUUGGCCAUGGCAACAUCGCACGCCUCCGCGUCCACGAGGAGGUUUACGGUAUAGUCUCCGGUUUCACCUUUCUCGUGCUGGUCCUCGCCGGCGCAAUUGUCCGGUUGUGGUACUACGAGCUGUUCUACAUCCUUCACGUGUCCGGUUUCGCCAUCUCUAUGGUCCUCGUCGGUCUCCACCAGCCCGAGCUUUCCAAGAAGAUUGUCUACAUCACGGCCGCUGCCGCCGGCAUCUGGCUCCUUGAUCGCGCUAUUCGGCUCGUCCGGGUCGUUGCUUACAGUUUCAACAACACGGCCACUGUUCACCCCCUCCCCAACGGCGGUACUCGUAUCACCCUGAAGAAGGCUCCCUACGGCGCGAGCUCCGGCGAGCAUUGCUUCCUGUGGAUCCCGAAGAUCCGCGCCUUGGAGAUGCACCCCUUCACCAUCGCGGCCAUGGACCCCCUUGAGUUCGUCAUCAACUCGUACGACGGCUUCACCCGCGACCUCCACGAGUACGCCGUCCGCCACCCGGGUGCAACCAUAAAGGCCUCGGUUGAGGGUUCAUAUGGCACAUUCCCUAACCCGGCAGAGUACGACAAAGUUAUCCUUGUCGCAGGAGGCAGCGGUGCCAGUUUCACCGUCGGUACGGCUCUCAACAUGCUCAAGCGGCUCACGCGGAGCUCGGGACAGAGCAUAGUCUUCAUCUGGAUGGUCAAAGAACACUCUCGUCUGGAGUGGUUCGCCCACCAUCUCUCUACUAUCAAUGACGCGCUGUCAUCGUCUGUUCUCCUCUAUGUCACUCGGCCUAUAAGCUCUUCCGAAAGUUACGUCACCACCGAAGACCGCUCCCGCUCGGCAACCAUCUCGUCGCAGGAAUCCAGUCCCAUCACCCCGGAUUCUGAGAAGUUUGACGUCGAGAACAGCACCCCCCGGCAACCCCCCAAGGUUGUUACUCGCGCCAUCUCUGAUUCUGAGAAGUCUGGCUCUGAGUCUGAUAGCCCACUCCCUGGAUCUCCGAUGCAAAAGAACGGUGCCCCCACUCACAUCAACACCAUCCCGAUCAACUACGGCCGGGCCGAUGUUUCGGCUAUCAUUCGCACCACCAUCAAUGAUGCGACUCCCAACCAGCGCGUCCUUGUUAUGGGCUGCGGCCCUGAAAGCCUAAUGACCCAGGUCCGCAACACCACGGCGUCUUGCAUUCGUACCUCUGGCCCUGCAGUUGAGUUGCACUGCGAGCAGUUUGGCUGGUAA